AUGUAUCCCCCUGCCAACGCUCGCGACGCCGACGCCGCCAUCCGCCAGACCGACACUGACGCCGCCGGUGCCCGCCUCUCCGCCGUGCAGAAAGGCUACCUCCACGACCCCUUCGUCAAGGCGCUCGUCCCGCGCGCACACUUGCAGCAGCCCCGCCCGCCGCUGACCAAUGUCGGCACGUACGUCCGAUCGGAGGGCAUCGACGAGCUCGUCAACCGCUGGCUCGACCUCGCCCAGGAGGACGGCGUGAAGGCGCAGGUCGUCAGCCUGGGUGCGGGGAGUGACACGCGGUUCUGGAGGAUCGAGACGGGUCCCAGGAAGGGGCGGCUAGCGAAAUAUCUCGAGGUUGAUUUCGCCGAGGUGACGACCAAGAAGGCGAUGGCGAUCAAGAAGAGCAGGGACCUCAGCGCCGUUCUCGGUUCGCCCGAAGACAUCAAGCUGGGGAGCGGUGGCACGGCUCUGCAUUCGCCCAUCUACCACCUCCUACCCGCCGACCUCCGCCAGCCACCUUCAGAGACCCUCGCGCCCCUGCUCUCCCUCCUAUCCCCCUCCCUGCCGACCCUCCUUCUCUUCGAAUGCGUCCUCGUGUACAUGUCCCCCGAGGCCUCGCACGCGCUCAUCCAGUGGUUCGUCGACCAAUGCUCCGGCAUCCUCGGCGGGAUCGUCUAUGAAAUGUUCGGCCUGCAGGACUCCUUCGGGAAAGUCAUGCACGAGAACCUCAGGGCCCGCGGAGUUUCUCUUCCAGGCGCGGUCCCUUACCCAACGGAGGCCUCGCUCCCCGCCCGAUUCCUCCAGCACGGCUUCACCAUGUCUCGCGCGUUGACGCUGCGUGACAUCCGGCGGGCGUACAUCAGCCGUGAAGAGGCUGAACGAAUAUCGAGAUUUGAGAUGCUGGAUGAGAUUGAAGAGCUGGAGCUCGUGCUGGGUCAUUAUGCUAUUACUUGGGGUGUGAAAGUACCGGAGGGCAAGGCCGACGUGAGGGAUCGUUGGACAGGGUGGGGUUUGGAGCCUAAGCAGACAAACGCAAGUCUUUCACAAGUGGAAGAUGAGUAGAAACCAUAGUGGGGAGGCGCGACUAAAGAAGGUAAUUAUAAAUUUGUGUGUAUGAGUACUGCUUUAUCGUACGGGUGAUGACUGAGCUGCCAAUGGUCGUGAUCAUGAUUUAAAUCCCAAGAAAAGGUUCUACGCAGAGGUAUGGUGUUUAAACCGGCGCCUGAAGGUCGUCCCUCCUCACUUCAGGCUGUGCCUUGUUUACCUCCUUCGGCUUCUCUUCGUCGACACCCUCCUCACCCCAUCCCACCGGCUUCUGCUCGGCACUCUUCUCGCUUCCCUUUGCCGGUGUCUCCUCAUCCCCUUCCUUCUCCCCUUCCUUAGCCUCCGCCGCCGCGUCCCUCCUCUCCUUAUCCGUAUCCGGUAUCGGGC